AUGCUUCCCCCCUUUCUCACAGACCUCUCACCUUCCGACCUCUGGGCCGCCAUCAUGCACAAAAUGGGCAUCCUCACCAACGCGCUCUUGGCGCUCACCGCCGCAACUGCGUCGCUAACAACAGCCCUGACGACGCCGUCGCCGUACGUCGGCCCCGAGAACGGCACCCUCGUCGUAGUCGGCGGCGGCAUCCUCAGCGACUCCAUCUACCAGCGCGUGAUCGACUUAGCAGGCGGGCCCUCGGCGCCCCUCGUCGUGAUCCCGACCGCCGACGGCGCCGAGUCCUACGACGACGACGCAGCAGGCGCAGGGACGUUCCGCCGACUGGGCGCGACGGACGUGACGGUGCUGCACACGUACGACCGAUCCGUCGCCAAUACCGAAGCCUUCGUGGCCCCCCUCCUGCGCGCCAAGGGCGUCUGGUUCGGCGGCGGGCGGCAAUGGCGGCUCGUCGACGCGUACGCGGGCACCCUUACAGAAGCGGCUUUCUGGGACGUGCUGGAGGCGCGCGGCGGCGGCGUGAUCGGCGGGUCGAGCGCGGGCGCGUCGAUCCAGGGCAGUUUUCUCGCGCGCGGCGACACGGCCAGCAAUCAAAUUCUAGUCGGCGACCAUACCGUCGGGUUCGGGUUCAUGCGCGACACGGCCAUCGACCAGCACGUGCUGGUGCGCAACCGCAUGUUCGACAUGUUCGACAUUUUGAAGGUCAGGCCCGAGCUGUUCGGUUUUGGAUGUGAUGAGAACACGGCUUUUGUGGUGGCGCGGAACGAUGCCGAGGUUAUGGGGGCUACGUACUGUGUUAUUUAUGAUGGUGGGUUCUGGUCGCGCGAGGGUAGUGAUAUGAAAAAUCUGCCGAAUCCGUCGUCGGUCUUUUUUCUACUGAGGGAGGGCGAUCGGUAUGACCUUGGGGCGCGGAAGGUGGUUGAAUAG